UUACCUAACAGUAAAAUAGGUACCUGGGUGUUAGUCAGCUGUCACGGGCUGCUUCCUGGGGGUGGAGGCCUGGUCGAGGACCGGGCCGCUGGGACACUAAAAUCCCGAAAUCGUCUCAAGCUAAUGUCAUUCAUCUAGUUCCUUUUAUUUUCUUUCUCAUUUUUGAACAAGUUCAUUCAAAAACAUUGUAAAAUUUCCCAUGACUUCCAUGCCAUGAUCAGCUCCCUGCAGGAGAUGUUUUGUAAUACCUCUCUCAUUCCUUGAAAGUCUCAUCAAGGUUAAUCAAGAAAGUCUUCAUCCUGGAUCUUUACAUUGGUUUCAUUAAUUGUAAUUUUUCUUAGAAUAUUGUGAUCACAUGAAGGCGUGAGCUUUUCCCCAACCUGAAUUUGAUCAAUCAUGCCCUCUCCUGAUGUUAGCACAAGAUCUAGAAUGCCGCUACGUACCUCAAGUGGACCAUGCCAUAUGCUGCAUGAGAAUGGAGUCCUGUAUGAAGUCAAGAAAUUUUUCUCCUUCUGCUUGUGAUGUUAGACUUGCCAAAUCUAUUGUCUUGUGGUAAAAGUCCUCUAUUAUAAGGCUUUGGGUUUCUGAUGGUGCAUUCAUCACAUUAUGAAGAACAGGAAGUUCCUCUGCUGUUGCUGUAUCAACCUUGUAGGAUACUCCCACUCUCAAUUUGCUGCCAAUUUGAGCGAGUAUGUUGCACCAUACAGAUUCUGAGGAUCCCAUGAUGUUCACUUCAUUGUUGUUUGCAUUUAAUUCCUCUUUAACAGAUAGCAUUGCACCACUUGUUCUUGUUUCAUCUUUUUUUCUGAUUGGUGGAUGGUAUCCUGGAAGAUGGAAUUCCCCUCCAAUUAUGGCCUCUCUACCUUGUGUAGCUUCCAGAGAUCAACAGACCUGAGGCCCAGUCUCUGACCAGGCCUCCCAGUUGGUCGUCUGGUCACAAUAAGGCUGUUGGACGCAGCUGCUUGCAGCCCGACAUAUGACUCACAGCCUGGUUGAUCAUGUAGUCUUACUCUUAUCCCCAUGUUUUGCCGAUGCCAAUGAUGUUGGGAUUCUCAGCCUCCAUGUAUACACAUAAAAUUUAUUUACUAGAAUUCUGGCAUUUGUGUAGAAACAAUUUAAACUGGCAUAGGAGGCUGAGAGAUUGCUGCCACAUUCUGCAUAUUGCCAUUCCAUACAUUGACAUUCUGGUUUGUGUCUGCUUGUCAUUCAAGAUAUAUAAGGUUAGUUCUGCCUGGCUUGGUGAAGGAUUAUGUCCUCUCUUCCAUCUACUAUCAUGAUCAUCUGGCCUCUCCUGAUUAGCUUUGAAUCUUUGUAUUUGUCUGUGUUUCUUAGCUCCUUUAGUUUGUUUCUUAUCCUUUAGUUUGUUUUUUAGUACAGUAUUGUUGCUUUUUUUUUAUGUUCUACGGUGAGGUCUGGGGAAAUGUAAACUUAGUUUUACCCUCCCAGAUAUUUUAGUUUAUGUGCACUGUUGAGUAUCCUUCUGUGUUAAAAAUUUGCAAUGAAUAGGCAUACCAGAUUUGCUUCAGGUUUGCCUAACUUCCCUAUAUAGGAAAUACUCUUCUUUUCCAAGGUUUCUUAUAAUCAGGUUGUGUUUUCAUCUUUGUCUAUCCAAGGCUUCUGAAUCCCCCUUCUGAGCAUCUGAAUCCCUAUCCUGAACUCUGCCUGCAUUCACUGUGUUCCCCUUGAAUGUCUGAUUACCCUCUGGAUUCUCCUGAUUGGUCAUGGGGGAAACACGCCUAUAUGAUUUCUAUUUGUUGAUUGUUGGAAGACCAUAACUUGUUUCAUCAGUACCUUCUGUCCUUCCUGUAGUUCUUUUAUUACCUUGUGACCCUUAUGGAGGUCUUUAUUGUUUUCUCAUCAAUUGUUUUGUCUUUAUUCCCAUAAUUUUUACCUAAACAUUCAUAUCCACUGUUACCUCAUUAUUCUCCCUGGUAGUCCAAAGCUUAUUGUGUUUGUCAUUGCAUGUAAUGCAUUAAAAGUUUAAGAGGCCUUUGCCUUCAGUUUCCUCUGUGUUGUAGGCAUUGCAUACGACAUCUGAGAUCUUGAGACAAUUACUGUGGUAGCUCAGUUUGCAACUAUCAAAUCUGAUUAAUAAUUUUGUCCUGGGUUCUAGGGCAUAAUUACACUGGCCACAUUUGACAUAGCUUUCUGAUAUUCCUAUGACACUAAGUUGCCUUUUUUAUGUAGUACUGUAGAAUGGUAUAUUGUGUAUAUUUAUGUACUGUAUUUAGUUAGUUAUUCUGGCAAUUUCCGUGGGUUUGUCAGUGUUUAUGAUCAGCCGGCUUGGUCUUCCCCACUGGUUAUCUUGCCCGGACUCACCGGGUAGACUCACCCGGAAUAUAUUAUACAGUACUGUAUACUUAUUUUUAUCUUAUUGUGUUGCUUGUUGCAUCAAUAGUAUGUAAUAAGCACAUUUAAAUUUAAAAUAAUACAAUACACUAGUUCACUUAACUGUAAGAUACAGCGUAUGUUUUUUAUUUAAUUAUGAGGGCUUUGUAAGAUGCUUUGAGAAAGUAGACCGAGCAGUGGGCCAUCCUUGAGACAUGAUGUGACUCCAGCGGCAGAUGGCUUGAUACUGGAUUACCAUGUAUAUAAGUAUGAACAUAUACACUUUUCUGUCCCUACAUUGUGUUUUGCUUGAUUUUAUAGCAAAUUAUUAUUUAAAUACUGUAGCAGAUGCAAGUAGCAUUUUUAUUUGAUGAGGUUUAUUUAUCAUUGAGGGAUGACUUAAUGGUUACCAUUUCACAUGAAUAAAAAAAAUUAAAUUUUGACUCACGACUAACUAGAAUUGCUCUUAAAUUUAAUGUACUGUAUUUUUUAAUUAUUAAUAAAAUUUAAUGUACUGUAUUUUUUUAUUAUUAAUAAAAUUUAAUGUACUGUAUUUUUUAAUUAUUAAUAUAUCUGUGUUAAUAGAAAAAAAAAUGCAUUUAUUUCUUGGAUUAGUUGAUGUACGGAAACUGUGAGAAGAAACUGCAGUAGUCUACAAGUAUUACAAGAACAUACUUGCAGAAGGAGUACACCACUCUUCAGAUAAAGAAGAUCAGGGUAGACUACUGAAAAGUGCAGAUGGUGGAUCAGCAAUGGAGUUGCCUGAUGACCCAGCCUCUACUCCAGGAAGGACACCGGCAAGUCUUGUGAAACAGGCUUCACGCAGCAUUGCCCACCAGUUGAUUAACAUUUCUUUGCCAGUAAUAUCAAAAUAUUGGGAGGGAGAGAUAAGGCCAAAGGGAGAUUCUAAAUUUACAAAGAAAAAAGAUCCAAAUAAGAAGGCUUUAAUUAAAUACCUCCAGGGUGUGCAGAGAUGGUAUCAUAUUGAUGAGUGUCUGUCAAGUCAUGCUUCAGAAAUACGUCGACUCGUGUGUGAAGCAAUAGCCGAGGCUCUGCCAGCUUUAAUGCCAGUGGAUGACUCGGAGCCACUUUUUGUUCUUACUCUACAAAUUAUGUUUUGCCUUGAAGCUGGAUUCUUUAGCCAAAGUAGAGAGAUAUAUGAUGGGAGACUAAGCCGAAGCUUUGCCGAAUUCCUGCAGUUCUUGGAGCCGUUUAAUUUAGAAACAAUUUAUACUACUUGUAUAAAUUUUCGCAAUGCUAUGCCUAUCAUUGUUUUGAUAAAGAAUUCACCAUAUUUGAAGAAUAUUCAUCUUUACAAGAACCUCAGUAAUCAUGUUCUCAUACAGCUAAGAAAACACUGCCCAAACAUUGAAUCCAUAACACUAAGUGGACAUAAUGUAGUGAGUGAAGAGUAUCUCUUUAAAUCCUUUUUCAGUGGCAAAGAUAAAACUCAGGUCAUGAAUUAUGUGGACUGCAAGGAGAAGUUGAAACUCUCAUUUCUAAAAUUAAAGAGUAUCCAUAUAUUAAUGGAUUUAGAUAAUGAUGAUAUAAUGUUUUACCUUCAAUAUUUUUACCCAAAUAUAAAAAUUAGUUGGACCAAGAGUAUUGCUGAGAGUAAACUCACUCCAUCCAUUCUCAAGUUUCUGCUUGACCCACCUUUAAGUCUACAAGGAAAAGGGUAUUAUCAGCUUGAUAUUGCAGAGUUUACAAUGAGGAGAAAUACUUUGACUAAUUGGAAUAAAGAUGAACCCUCAUCAUUAACAUUCCCUCGAGUAAAGCAUGUUUCAAUUUUUCAUACAUGUCAUGAUAUGUCUGAGCCUAAGGUAUUAAGUGAUAAAAUCAAAGAUAUUGUUGGACGACUGGGAUGUACGAGCUUCUCCUAUUCCUCUCCUCCCGUUGAAGAUCAUUUAGACACACUCGGUGUUUGUAUUCCAGUGCUCGAGUCUUUUGGAGCUACUUUAAGUGAAGUACAUUUAAGCACAUUUGAAAUUUUAGAUGCAAGGAUACUUUUUAAAUGCUUAGAUUUGUGCUCGACAUUGACUGUUUUCUCGGUUAAUGCCUCACAGAUUGAGAUGCAUUCUGGUUAUCCAUUUGUAGGGUUGAAGACCCUCCCAAAAUUACAGUCUUUAGGUAUGAGUGUGAAGUCAUUAAAUACCUCUGAAACGGCCUGCUUAAAGUGUUUGGUUCGUGCUGCUCCAAAUCUUAAAACUAUUGAAUUGUUUGGUGCCAAUUUGCAGGCUGUUCUACAGGAUUUAGUAAUUUCAGGAGUUCUGUCUAAAAUACAAAUUCUUUCCUUGCACAAAAGUAUUUCCUGGUUUACCGAUCAGGAUUUGCAAUACUGCAUAUUUUUGGGAGAAAGUUUGUGUUCUUUGUCAGUGCUAAUGUUAAAUCCAAUUCUUAGGCACACACUUUUAAAGAUCAAGACUCAUUUUAUUCACACACAACUGAAAGUUAUUCAUAGGUACAAGAUGUUAAUUGGGUGAGUCAUGUUGGUGAGCUAUUUAUUCGAUUUGGUUUGUGAAUAUGAAGUUGUAAAUUUGGGUCUUGUAAGUAAUAUUUAUUGAUUGUGUUAAAUGAUGAAUAAGGGGAUAUAUAUUUGUCUCAUGUGAUAAAUCAUUGUGGUGCUUUGUAGUACAGUACAUUGUAGUUUAUAGUAUAAUAUGAUAUAGUAUAGUCUCUCUCUCUCUCUCUCAGAAAUCUUCCUUGAGGGAAAAGAGCUUAAAUCUCCGGAUAUCUGAAAUCGUAACCAGUUAAAGCUCUUAGAAAGAGCAUGUAACUCAUCUUCCAAAGAAUUCCACACCCUGGAUUGUCUUGCGCAUAAAUAAAUAAAUAAAUAAAUUUGUUCACAUUAAAAAAAGUUGUAAGGUGAAAAAAUUCCUUCAGGAAGCGUAUACAAUUAAAAAAUUAGAUUGUUUUAUUAAUAAUAUUUCCGGUGCCAUAGCAAGCUUAUUGGUGCUGAAAUACAGUAAAAAAAAUUAGGAAAUUCCAAAUGGCUCGGCAUUAAAACUAUAAUGGGAAAACUUCAUUGGAAAAGUAGUGUGGAACUGGAAAACGUGUUCAUGAUGAAUGGUAACUACAGGAAAGUAAGAUCUGUCUUUUAUUUUUUGCCUACAAUCCUUGUCAUAGACCAGUAAGCAGCAUAAGUGAAUGAAAAUAAAAUCAAGUUAAGAGAAAUGGUCUCCUUGGUGAAGCUUCCAUGUCCAGUCCGAGGCCAAACAAUCAACUCUUUGAUAGUCUUUUAUUAGGUCUCCUUGGUAGGGGUAUACCUUAUAAUUUUUAAUUUUUCUGCAGUAUUUCUGUGAUAUCUUUAGAACCUGUCUUUAUAUUAAAUAAAAAAUUUCCAAUACAUAGGCAUGUAUGACCAUAAAAGUAGUUCCUCUAUUGAAAGAGCAAUGUAGUCCUCUGGUGUAUUUUUUUUAAUACUGAAGUUUCCAUGCAGUAUCUUUAGGAUAUUUCUUUGCAUUCAUUGAGCUUACAGAAGCUCAAUCAAUACGAAGACAUACUGACUUCCAAGGAGGUCAGUGGAGUCCUUGGAAGUACUUUUUAUUAUUGAUAUUUAUUUUUAUCCUAAGCUUUAGGCUAUCUAUGGACAGUUUGAUAAUGUAUUAUUAAACAUUAGCCUCGACAACCAGAGCGCAACUCCAUAGUCUCCCCGAGACUGCAGGAUGCAUACUACAGUACUACUAUUAAACAGUAGUACUUAGAAAUUAAAAAAUCAUGCAUUAAUGAAUAUUUGAUUGAUAUUGUAUUUUCUAGAAGCUCCUCAAACUAAGCAGUGAUCCAGUCAAAUCUUAGAGAUGUACCCUCAUCUACCAAAACAAAAACCUACCAGAAAGCAUAGGUAUAACAAAACAGUCAGACACGUCACAGUUAGGGUGUUUACACCACUGCAACAAUCAUUUACUUUAACUAAAAAUGCCUAAUUUUUUUCAAGCAAUAGCUUGUGAUAAAGCUAUUGAGCUGAGCUUAUAUACUUACACUACUCAACAAGCUGAGCUUGUUGAGCUUUAUACAUUUUGGCAUUUUUUCUUAAUUUUGGGAUACUCUCUGAUCCUGAAGCUCUUCUUACCAAGUAGAGAGAAAGAGAGAGCCAGAGCCUGGCCCUAGCUCCUGGUAUGCUAAGGGUGGGUUUCAGAGGCUUGGUGCAGCUCUCCAAGGCUUGACUGGACCAGCACUUAAUGAUGCCAUUCUGCUACUUGAUUUAAUAUUAGAGUAGAUACAGUAAUUCAGUUUAUAUUUACAGUACAGUUCUGGUUUGUAUAUACAAUACUGUUAAUCCAUACUGGCCUUUAACUAAAGUAUAUCCACUGACACUUUCCAUCGCCCAAAUUAUGUCUUUCUGUUUUUGUCUUGACAGCAUAAAUGAUACUGUAUCUAGGAAGUCUUGAAUAUCUGUACUGCAGCCAGUGCUAUAUAGCCUUUGGCUGAGCACUUUUUGAUAAUUACUUACUAUUAUCCACUAACUGUUGUAUAGAGUUUUGACACCCAGCCCACAUAUAUGAAAAUAAAUGAAGUAAAGACGUUUUGGUCUAUCCUGGACCAUUAUCAAAUCAUGUACAGAAAGAGUGCUCGAGAAACCUGGUCACUGCCUUUAUUUUUUAUUUAUUUUUAUAUAUUUUUUUUUUUUUUUUUUACACAGGUGAGUACAGGAACAGACAACUUCUGACUCCUGUUAGCAGAAUGAGAGCUUUCCCUUCUCAUAACUUAUGCUCAUCUUCCCCAUUAGAUUGCCUUGGAACAUGACCUGCCAAUCGGUUAAUAACCAGGUACCCAAUAACUGCUGGAAUACAGAGGUGAACAUUUAAGGACUGAUGCCCAGACAAUCCUCCCUGGCCAGGACUCUAACUGAGACAUAAUGCUCACAAGGCGUGGGGUGAGUGUUUUGCCACUGUGCCACCAGGGGUUGGGUGUAUAAUUUUUAGCCACAUUAUUUUAACUUACUAUCUGUACAUAUAGGAUAAUUAUACAUUAUUGUAAUUGUCAACAAAAUAAGAAUGAAUAAACAUAUUAUGUUUAUCAAUACUGUAUUAUUAUUAUAUACGUACAGUAUUUUUGAAUAUACAGGUACUGUACAGGGUAUUCUUAAGAUAGGUAUUGAUUGUCCCAUAUGACAUGCCAGCAUAAGAUAUGAAGGUAGUGUCCUUGAUUGUUUCUAUGUGAUCAAACAACAUUUAAUUGUUACUACAGGCUUUCUGUGUAGUCCAGCAACUAAACACUAGGGAGUAGGGAACUAGAAAGUGGUUAGAGGUAUUAUGAGGGGGUAAAAAAUUGAAUUAUCUGGAAAUUGGGGUUUUUAUAAUUUAAAGCACCAAGUUUGAAACAAAAAUGUGUAGGAGGCUUAAGGUGUUUACCCCAAUAUUGUUAAAGUUACAUAUAAUAAUAUGCUCUUUUAUAAUUUACUUUAUAUUUCAAACCCCCCCCCCCCCCCCAUUUAAUAUUCCCUAAGCACUCUUCAAUUACACAAAUGGGUUAGCUUCAGUCUUUCUGGACAAGCACAGGCAGGCACUGAAUGCCUGCCUAUGCUAGUGCUUGGCCUAAGAGCCUGCCAGAAUUUCUUCAUAAUGAAAGCCAUUGUCGAUAUUAUGGCGAGAAAAAUAGGUGUUGGUGCAGUCUCUCUAGGCAGAUGGAAUGCCAGUCAUAUAAAACAAAAACAAAAGGAAAAAAGGAAAAAAAAAGUUAGACUGCAAGUUGUCUUCACGGUGAGGAAACUGUAGGAUAAGACAGAGGGAAAAAAACAUUUAAAAAUACUUUACUUUGAAAAAAUGAUGUUAAACAAAUUACAAAACACAAAAUAAUAUCCAGGCUUGGCUCUAAUACAACGUGUGCAAAAUAAACAAGAUGAACAAUCAAAUUUACGUUACGUUAAUGUGCAAAUAAAAUAUAGUGCUAGAAUACUAUGAGCUAGACUGCAUAAACCUGUUACCACACCAAGAUAUGUCAACAGGUUUACUCAGUAGAGCACUCAGGAGUAAUCUGAAUCGUGGUGGGCUAGGUAGCCCUAUAUAUAUGGAACAGUGGCUGUCCAGGUGGCGCUGGUAGUCGUGGAUAACUAGAAACCAGCUUGUUAACUGCUUGUUUCAGCCGGUGGUGUGAGCUCUUAGCAACCAGGUGAGGUGGGUGACGGACCGUGGUGUAGGGGGGAGAUUGGUGGUAGUGUCUAGACGUCUGGAAAGUAGUAGUUGUUGCUCUUGUGGCUGCAGUUCUUGAAUAUAUAGAUGUGAUAUGAUAAAAUAGGUGAUGAUGGAGCAUGCCGAAUUUCUUCCUAGAGAUUUUACCGUGGCAAUAUAUUUUCAAGAGGCAGUUAGACAUGAUAGGAACUAUUAACUAUUAGUAAAUAACAUAUUUGUCUAGUGUAUCAGUAGUGAUAAUGCUCCAUUCUUCUUUCUGUUAGUUGCCUUUUUUUCAUAUUAAUUACAGUACCUUAUAUUUGCAAAACAAAAUAUGUUCUAGAAGUAUCGUUCUGGACAUUUAUAUAUAUGUUUGAUAACGAAAUGAAAAUGCUCUCUACCAAGUUUAUGAAAUCUCAUGAAUAAAUUAUUUUCAGUC